GCCGAGGAGGAUGGCAGCGGCCGCCGGGAGCCGCCCUUCGCGCUCCGCGCCGCGCGCAUCGCGCUGGUGGUCUGCCUCUACUGGGCCAUCUCCAUCACCAUGGUGUUCCUCAACAAGUACCUGCUGGACAGCCCCACACUGCGCCUGGACGCGCCGCUCUUCGUCACCUUCUCCCAGUGCACCGUCACCACCCUGCUGUGCAAGGGGUUCAGCCUGCUGGCUGCCUGCGGCCCCCCGGGCACACUGGACUUCCCCUCGCUGCGCCUGGACCUCAAGGUGUCACGCAGCGUGCUGCCCCUGUCCCUCAUCUUCAUCGGCAUGAUCACCUUCAACAACCUGUGCCUCAAGCACGUCGGUGUGGCCUUCUACAACGUGGGCCGCUCGCUCACCACCGUCUUCAACGUCCUGCUCUCCUACCUGCUCCUCAAGCAGACCACCUCCCUCUACGCCCUGCUGACCUGCGGGGUCAUCAUAGGUGGCUUCUGGCUGGGUAUAGACCAGGAAGGAGCAGAAGGCACCUUGUCAUGGACUGGCAUAGCCUUUGGGAUCCUGGCAAGUCUUUGCGUUUCCCUCAAUGCCAUCUAUACCAAGAAAGUUCUGCCUGCUGUGGAUAGCAGCAUCUGGCGUCUGACCUUCUACAACAAUGUGAAUGCGUGUGUCCUAUUCUUGCCCCUUAUGUUGUUGUUUGGUGAGUUUCAUACCCUCUACCGCUUCGAUAAGCUGGGAGACCCCAGCUUCUGGGGUAUGAUGACCCUUGGUGGAGUGUUUGGUUUUGCCAUCGGGUAUGUGACGGGACUCCAGAUAAAGUUCACCAGCCCACUCACCCAUAAUGUCUCUGGAACAGCUAAAGCCUGUGCCCAGACAGUUUUGGCUGUUGCCUACUAUGAGGAGACCAAAAGCUUCCUGUGGUGGACAAGCAACAUGAUGGUUCUAGGGGGAUCCUUUGCAUAUACAUGGGUAAAAGGGCUGGAGAUGAGGAAGGUACAGGAAGAAUCGUCUCCAAAACCAGGUGAGAAAAGUGAGACCGGUGUCUAGCACCUCUGCUGCUGUGUCUGUGGAAUGGAGCUUUGCUGGAAAAGGAGCCAAGAGCAGAAACUUCCAGGGCAGAAAAUCACGAACUUAUAAAAUGCAUGAGGCGUUUGUCUCAGGAGUUAAAGCCAAAGGCCUACCAUAUAUAAUGGUUUCUGCAACGAGGGAUGGAAGGAUGCUAUUUCCAGAGGAGUUCAUCCUGUUUCUUGAACUGGAAAGGGGGUGUAGGAAACAAAGGGCUUCUCUGUGUUGGUGCCUUUUUUAAACAGCUGUUACCAUUGGUAACUUACCAAUUGUGCACCAUAUGGAAACCCUUGCUGUGAGGGAGGGGGAAACAGCAUUUUUGCUGUGUAGCUGGGAAUAGAUAUUGGCAGCCAACUACAUGGUCUUGAAUACAAUGAUAUCCUGCACCUAAAUAUAAGGGAGGGGAAGAUAGCAGUCUGGACAGCCUGGCUUCUACACAAAUGUUCCCCCUAUUAUAAAUGGAAAUAGUUGUUCUUCCCAUUCCCGUCCUUUUACAAGUCACAGGUGGAAAAUCCCUUCACUACAAGUUCUGAGUGAAUCUAGCAGAAGGACACACCUCUGAAUUUCUUGUCUAAACAGCCAGUAACUCCUCUGGUUGAGAUUUCUCAAUAUAGUUUGCUACCUCUUUUCUGCAUCCACAGGAUAUGUGUGUCCCAAGAAAUCAUUACAAAGGAGGGACCAAAUCUUAGUCUCCUUUCUUGAGACUGGCAGCUUUCCUUGUGUAGGUGGGAAGGAUGCUGGCUUUUUUCACAUGAGGUUACUGGAUACUUGCGACUCUGUCUUUUGGAGUAACUAGGUCUCUGUCCUUGUGGGUUUCUGAAGUAUUUUCCUUUCCGUGGUGAGGAUCCAAAAAUAGCCAGUUGGGGAAAAUCAGACUUUUAUCAUUUUCUCUUCCAAUACAGGAAACAAAUAAUGCUCUCAUUAAUUAGGCCAGUUUCAGGCUGGAUUAUUGCUUGCCUGCUAUGGCUGCCUUCCUGGGGACCUUUCCUAGAAGAUUCACUAAAGAACUGAUGCUUAGGCAUGGAAAAUGCCAUAAUUCCACUUCAGUGACAGUACGUGGGGAUAAAAGGUAAAUCUUUUACCAAGAAAUCCCAGGCCCUAUCAGAAGGGUGAACAGAGCUGGUGCAGAACUUUAUACUCUGGCGGUCUCUGCAGUGUCAGACUUGUGCAGGAACCUUUCCCUCUCCUGUCCCAUCAAGUGCCAUCUGAGGCUGUAUUAUACAGUCACUUUUCUCUCCUCAUUCCUGCAGGUGUUGACCUUCAUUCCCUACUGUUCUAGCUUUAUCUAAACCCUGAGUCCUCUCACAUCCAAAGAUUAUUUUAAGUGGGGUGUGCUGGGAGCUGGUAUAACCUAUUCUCAGUAUCCUCUGAGUGAUCUUAAAUAGCACCAGAUUGCUGCUAUGAAAGCAAUCUGACUUUUUUUUACCUUUGUCCUUGCUAGCUAGGUUUUUCCUAAAUUUCAGGAAACCAAGGUCACUGGAAUUCUAAAUUCAAUUUGCCUUGUUAAUGAUGGUCUCCCUCCCCGUUUUUAUUUCCUUUGGUAAAGGGUGGAAUUUUUCCCAUGGUUUGAGUUUUCUACUGGGAUAGAUUUUAGAGUUGCAAACAUUGACCUGUGAUUGUAAAACAUAUUAAAUAAAAUUAUGGAUUGGUA